UGUAAACAGUGAUGCGCAUGAUGACAAUGGUGGUGGUGGUUGUUUUUAAAUCGUUGAGUAGGACAAUUUACGACUAAGAUACAGAUGUGACAUUAAGUCUCACAUAUUUAUCGAGGCUAUGAAACUGUACCGAUCACUCUGCGAUGUCGCCAAAUUUCGAAGCACGUUCGACUUUGGAGGACGGGAAGUGGCUCACUGGUUCCCUGGACACAUGGCGAAAGGGCUGAAGCAGAUGAGAGCCAGUCUGAAGAGUGUGGACUGCAUCAUAGAAAUACACGACGCGAGAAUCCCCUUCUCUGGCAGAAACCCUGUGUUUCAGGAGACCCUGGACGUUAAACCACAUCUGCUCGUUCUUAACAAGAUGGACCUGGCUGAUCUGUCAAACAAACAGAGGAUCUUGAAGGAGCUUGAUAGAAAUGGAGUGAACAAUGUUCUGUUCACUAACUGUCUGAAGCAGCGGGACGAAAAUGUCACCAAGUUGGUGCCGACUGUGUUGGAGAUGAUGGCAAACUCGCAACGCUUUAACAGAGAAGAGAAUCAUAAUUAUUGCCUGAUGGUGAUUGGAGUGCCCAAUGUGGGAAAAUCGUCACUUAUCAACUCACUAAGAAGGACAAAUUUGAAAAAAGGCCGUGCGUCUCGAGUAGGUGGCGAGCCUGGCAUAACUCGAGCUGUCCUCACUCGGAUUCAGGUUUGUGAACGCCCCAUUAUGUACCUGUUGGACACACCAGGAGUCUUGCCUCCGAAGAUAGAGAGUGUUGAAACGGGUAUGAAGCUGGCGUUAUGUGGAACUAUCCUGGACCAUUUAGUGGGUGAGGAUAUCAUCGCUGACUACUUGCUCUAUUCUCUGAACCGCCUUGAGAAGUUCAGUUACGUGGAAAAAUACAACCUGCCAGAGCCUACCGACAACAUCCAACAUGUCCUGAAACGCAUCGCUGUGAAGCUAAGGAAGACUCAGCGUGUUAAAGCCAUCACUGGUGUUGGCAAUGUUACCAUCACUGUUCCCAACUACCCUGCAGCAGCGUACGAUUUCAUCCGAGCCUUUAGGAAAGGAGAGCUAGGACAAGUGAUUCUGGACUAAAGGACACAUUUUAAUGGA